UGCAUGAGAAGGUUGGGGAGGCUAGCAACCGUGACUGGCGACUUAGAAGCCAGAAGUGAUAGGCCUGGGUACCAAGCUGCCACCAACAGACCACAACCGCCAGGAUGUCUAACAAAGACCGCAUCGAUAUCUUCCCUUCGCGAAUGGCACAGACCAUUAUGAAGGCUCGAUUAAAAGGUGCACAAACAGGCCGAAACCUCUUAAAGAAAAAAUCUGAUGCCAUGACUCUUCGAUUUCGGCAGAUCUUAAAGAAGGUCAUUCAGACCAAAGUGCUAAUGGGUGAAGUGAUGAGAGAAGCUGCUUUCUCACUUGCUGAAGCCAAAUUCACAGCUGGCGACUUUAGUGCCACUGUUAUUCAGAAUGUGAACAAAGCUCAAGUGAAGAUUAGAACAAAGAAAGAUAAUGUAGCAGGUGUUACCUUACCAGUGUUUGAACAUUACCAUGAAGGAACUGACAGUUAUGAAUUGACUGGUUUGGCCAGAGGUGGGGAACAAGUGACCAAACUGAAGAAGAACUAUGGCAAAGCAGUGGAGCUGCUGGUGGAACUAGCAUCACUCCAGACUUCAUUUAUUACGCUGGAUGAGGCCAUUAAAAUAACAAACAGACGGGUGAAUGCUAUUGAGCAUGUGAUCAUUCCCCGGAUUGAGCGUACACUUAAUUACAUUGUCACAGAACUGGAUGAGCGAGAACGUGAAGAGUUUUACAGGUUAAAGAAAAUACAGGAGAAGAAGAAGACUGUCAAAGAGAAAUUAGAGAAGGAGAUAUCCAGCCUGAAAUCAUCUGGAGACUUGCCAGAGCCUGCUAAUCUACUGGCAAUAGAAAAGGAUGAAGAUCUUCUAUUUGAAUAGCUCUUUCCAUUCUAUCGUUAUCUUUGAGACCUUGGUCUUGUGCUUUUCUUAAAAUACAUGGUAUCCAGGUUCUGUGUGUAAUGGGCUAUUUGUUAUAGCCCAAAAGUUCUACUAGUUGAUAUUAGUUAUUGGGAUUAUUUGGAGAGAUCAUGAUUAUAUGUCAUUUGUAGGAUCUGCCACUAUUUUAGUGGUAAUUGACCAGUCCAGGAACUUGUAGAACUAUAACCUAUUGAUAUUUCCUCCUUUCAUUGGUCUGUGUAUGUACUCAGUUUUGGUGUUCUUUGCUCUAAUAUUUGAAAAAACAUUCCUUUGAAGACAGCAGUGAUUCAUGCUGAUCUAAUAGCCUAACUUCUACAUACAUAGCCAUUGUUUUGACCCACUUUCAACUUUUGCUUUUGUCACCAUGGUGCUUCAAUAUAGCCUUGGGUAAAUUGUUUAACAUCUUUUUUUUUUUCCUUGCAUGGCUGGUCUCAGUCCUGUGGAAGAAGACUUUCCCCCUCCAUUAUGGAAGAAAUUUUGCCAAUUCCUGUAUAACUAUAGUAUGUAAGCAGAAUAAAAGAAUUUUAAAAGCA